AUGCCCGAUCCAGCUGAAAAUGCCGACGAGUUGGCAAAAUUUCGCGAGGAAUGGAAACAAGAAUUGAGAGGCGACAAAAAAAGUCAGUCACCCGCCGAACCCAAAGAGGCCGGCAAAAAGGGAAAAUCACCGGAACAGCAGAAAAAUGAGAGAGAACGAGUGGCUAUGGCCGAUCUUCUGAAUUUGGAAUCCACUAGCCAAGCGAAGCCAGAAAAAUCGGUGUAUAUUACGGAAAGACAGCUUCAGAAGAGGUUUAAAGAGAGGAUUAGCGCGGCACAAACAGCGUUUCUGCCCAGAGAUAAAGCUCAACCAUGCUUGUUCGGGCUUCUUUCCGAAGAGAUGCUGCUCAAAAUCGUGAUGGCGGUCGUCGGCACCGGAGUCUCGAUUACGGAUUUGCAUAGUCUCUCUGAGGUGUGCACGAAAUUCUAUCUCCUUGCCCGCGAUAAUCAACUCUGGAAACAAAUUUUUCGCGGUACGACGAGCAAGGAGACGCAGGGCUCGAUCACAAAGUAUGCGGCCCCCAGCUGGUAUAAGCUAGCGCUGAAGACUCCGAGAAUCGCCUAUCAUGGCAUUUAUAUUGGUUGCUGCACAUAUAUUCGAUAUGGAGAACGGUCCUUCCAGGAUACCAGCUACCAGCCUUGCUUCAAGAUCAUCCACUAUCGCUAUUUGAGAAUUUUCCCGGAUGGGACAAUCACACUGAGAAAUACGCCCGAUCCUCCGGAAAGCGUUUUGGCGCGACCGGUUUCUAUUCAGAAGGAGGCUCUCAAAGGAAGAUGGCGGCUUGAGGAAGAUUACUUGGUCGCUGAGUUUGUGAAGCAUAUCGAAUUACCGAAACCACAACAGCCAAAGGGGAAAAAAGGGAGAAGCCCUGCGACCCCAUACGGAAUAUCCAGCCAAGUGCAUAAGAUCCGAUGGCGUCUUGUUGACGCCCCAAUGACACGAUUGGAAUGGAGAAGCUUCGUGAUCGAUGUGAAAAUGGCUGACGGAGAUGUGUACAGCAAUGAUAUGCAGGUGUGUAACCGCCAUGGUGUUCCAUCUCGAUCCUACCCGCCAUUCUACUUCGAACCUAUCGCCACAUCCAUCACCAACAACGACUUGCCCAACGGUCCUCAAGAGAUG